CGAAGGUCGUGGAUAUCUAUGAGGUUCUUUUUGCCCUGAUCAGAUUCAGUCUUCGUGCCAACGCAAGCGAAAAGCGCGGAGCACUUCGUGUUGAUAUUUUUCGAGGUUUCAUCAUUUCAUUCUUAAUCUUCGGAGUUAGCAACGCACGAACUCGAGAACAAGCAAAAAUGCGCAAACUCUCAAAGCGGUGCAUCUUCUUGUCGGCGGCCAUAAGUGCCGGCGGCAUGAGCAUGAUGCUGCACCAAGCCAGUGCGAGCACGGCGGCCGCGUUUGCAGCACCGGCUGCGGUGGCCAUUUCCGAAAGUGGUCGUGGCUCCAGUGGUCAAGAUCCUCGCGCCGGCCAGGGAACUACUGCGGAAGCAGGAGCGCAUAAUAAUUCCCUGGUAGUUCCAGACACCGAAUUCCAACUGGUUUCGUCACAAGAUCUGAAAGACUUAUCUUCCGACAAGAAGGCACCGGGUGGGUUUCAGUUGAUUUCCCCUCGAAAAACCAGAACGGUCAAGCUUCCCGGCAAGGAAGGACAGCAGCAGCAACCUCUACACGGAGGUGGGAAGAGUAAUAAGCACAAAGGUUCUCGUGGUGAGAAAAUCAAUCUCGGCCCAUCAGACCCAACCGAGGUACACCCGCAAGCGGAAGCGCUCUUGCGGAUCUUAAACCAGAGUAGCAAAGUUGAAGAGGAACAACACCAAAGGCAGCGGUUUCUCGAGGAUCAGAUUUUGCCGAAACUGCAGCAACGACUGCGGCCGAUUCUGGAGCAAGAUUCAUCGCCUUCUUCCACGCCGAAGAAAGUUGGAAGUUUGGAUAGCCUAGACGAUGAGAGUGAUGGAACAAAAAUCGAGGAGAUGAUAAUGUUGAAGUGGCAGAAAAACAAAAACGUCGGCAAGAAGAUACUUGACAUCACGAAGAGCCCUCCUACAACUACAUCAACUUCCCACUACUACACCGCCGAGUUGAAAAAGCUCGGUGGCUUUGCACUGGGCCUCGCCUCGGACCGCGCGUUCGAUUUGCAGAUCUCGCUCCAUUUCGAUUUCGCGCCAGACACGCCGGAAAUGUCGCGACAAGUGUCGAACAAGAAAUCGUUCCUGUUCCCGAACGGCGCGCCGCGGAUCAAGCUGUUACUGGCUCUCGAGAACAACUCUCCAGGCUAUCGGAUGAGUGCUGAGGAUAAAGAAGAGCUCGCGCACUGGCGCACGCACGUCUUGAGUCACGCUGCCCGAACGCUGUUCGGCUCAGCAGGUUUUGAAGAUACGGAGGUUGCGCGGCAGAAGAAGACGAACCAACAUUUACCACUAUUUGGGGCAUGCCCCUCGGAGAACAUCGGUAGCUCGGCGUACGGGGUGCUGGAGCAGCUGCACCAGGAAGGGAUUUUGCCCUCCAACAUGACUAUGCAUUGCAAAUAUGUCUGGGUCUGGAAGGUUGGAACUUGUGAUGCUAACUUUGGACUCUAAAAAAAUCUGUAUUGCAUGACCAGCAAGAGCAGGCGCCCGGUUUGUGUUACGCGGGGAGGGUAUUUGUCAUGCGGGAUAGGCAUCAGGAAGGCCUCUAAAAAUAUGUGAUGCUAGAUCGUGCAUUACAGACAUCCUGAGUCAUGCAAAAUGGGCACGACAAACUAACCUGGCAACCUUCCAGACCCAGACACUUUUGCCCUCCAACAUGACCACCGAUUUGCUACCCGCAGUUAGCGCAGCAAGCUGCAUUGGCAGUAGUUUUUCGCGUUCUUCGCCUGGCAAGAAAAGCUGCGCGUCAGACACAGCAGGUGAAGAUGACCAGGAACUACAGAGCAAGGCCUUUCUGUACAUUCGUUACGGCGAUUCCGUUCGCAUUCGUCUGACCGUGGCAGAUUACCGACGGGCUGCUGAGACGGAUUUCUUGAAGAAUACAUUGGCUAAGUUUAGCUUGAAAGGGGAAGCGGUGCUGUUUCGGAUCGUGCGACAGGUACACCUAACAUAGAAACAAACCAUGCAGAAGAUAAAGAUUCUUCCUUUGCAAAGUCGUGAUAUCAAGUAUUCGUUCAUUCUUGCUAGUAAAGGGUCGAGUUGGAUGAAAGAGGGAUUGUGUUCUAGUACUUCGCAAUCAUCGCAAUUAAAUCCCAAUUCCCAGUUGAAAUUCUGGGCCGAAGCCAGCGGCAAAGAUUGGCUGCGCGCGGCGGACCACCUGGCGCUCGGACUGGCUCUUGCGUAUUUGAAAGACGAAAGAACGGAUUUUGGCUCCGCAACCCUGCAGGGAUUUUUCGAAUUCUACACGACGAUUCUUUCUUCGCACAGCGGCCGCCGCUGCUGGCCCCGACGUGGAGUCGUUGCUGUUCCGGCGUCCUCCUCUGGGGCAAGUCGAGAAGAUCCUACGGUGGGAAGUACAACAGGAGAGAAGAAUUUUUCCAGCCAGAUAACACCACCAGCAGCACGUCAGGAUUCCAGUGAAGAUUGGAUUAUGCUGGACGGUAAGGAGGACGUUGAGGGUCAUGCCGCUGCCGAGUCCGCUGGUCAUGUCCGCCUGGUAGCAGCUCCUGCGGAUCACGGCGUAUCCAGCUCUUUUGGUGGAAAAAGUUCCGCCUACUGUCCGUCUCCGUCCGUUAGUUCAUCCCCCUACGUGUUCAACAACAAGAACCCCCACGAAAUUACCCUGCCCAGGCACCAGCCGAGGACGCCAACGCAGCAACUUGUCAAGCCGUUUCUGGUGAUGGCGAAAAGCAUGCACGACAUCGUGCCACCGACCCUUGUUGCCUCGGUGUUUAGUACUAUGACCACUCCUGCGGCAGCUGCCACUGCUUGUUCAACAACAUCUUCUGCCGGUCUAGUAUCCUACGAAGGAAGUUGUACACGACAUCAAGAACAUCCGCAACAGACGAGUGUGACCACGAAUGUCCUUGAAGACAUUGUGGCAGCAGACUCGGCCUGCACGCCUGUGCCGGACAUGUGUCGUGGAAAUAAGAAAGACGAUGAAGAAGAAGAGCUCAUCCUGUACUGCAAAACACAGGACAGCGAGUUUUACGUGAAGCCGAGUACCGCGAAGCAGAAAAAGUCGUCGAAGGGAAACAAAAAGAUAGCACCAAACAAGCAGUCUUGCACCUCCUCGCCCGAGUUAAGUCCCGCCAGUUCUACUUCCUAUUUCCCGCCAAGCAAGACAACUUUGGCGCCGACUGGCGGUAUUAGCGGACAGAAAAAGAACAAAUUCCUCGGACGAGAGGAAGAAGAGACCACUAGCGGCUCUUGCUGCAAGCACCGAAAUGGCAGCCAACACCAGCCUACGCGGGCCAGCUCCCCGCCCGCGAGCGCGGCGCUGCUUUGCAACAACAUCUGCCGUGGGGUCUUGCCUUGGGCGACGAGUGGUUCUGCGGGUCGCGACGGUCGUGGUGCCACGGAUCAUGCGGGCGGGAGACGCACGAAGGUCGAGACAUCAAAAUCCGCUAUGAUAGGCAGUCCCAUCCUGGCAGGGAGUGUGAAGACAAGGGAAGAAGGACAAGCAAGCAACCAGGAGGUGAAAAAAGGUGACUCAGUCCUCUCAGGUCGUGCAGCGGUUCCCUUGCAGGAGACAAUGCGAUGGGAGCACGUUGGAGAACACCGGCCGCAGCAACCGCAGCGGCAGCAAUGUGAGGAUGACGAGUGCGAUGGUUGGGAACAACUUGAAGUAGACGCAGACAUGAUGCAGUCAUCUUCUACCCCCGCAAAGCAAGACCAAGACGAUGAAAAUGAAGCAGCACCAGCGCCAGCAGUCCCUGAUGAAGACAAAAACAGGAAGUCAACAUCUGCUGCGAUGAAACUGCUUGAGCGCCUAUUGUAAGGAAAAAUCCCCCCUCCCCAUACCUCCAAAGCGGGAUACGUAUGAAAAUUUGUGAUGCUGAUUCGAGGCCACAAAUCGUCUCUGUAUUGCCAGAAGGCAAAUCCCAAGACCUGGCCGCGUUCUGCAGGCAAUUGGUGAUGCUGUAGGACCUACGGAAAGAGGAUGUGCCUGCCUUGCUAGGCGCCUACACCAAAACGCCCCUACUCCGGCUUUGCAUCUGUUUGCAGUCCUCUACUGCAAGACGAAUCCGAUUUGGGUACACAAGUCUCGCAUCAGAGAUUUCCAUUUCGAUGUGGGGAGGGGGGAUUUUUCCUUUUGAUAGUCCCUGCAACCCGCGAUGCAGAUCCAACUCCUCGAUGACUUCGAGUACGCCGCCCGCUUGCUGUAUGGGAGUGUCAGAAUUGAAAUCGUCAAAGUUGAAACGAUUUGUCAUGCAUAAAAUGCAGCCCACAAAGUGCUUGUCUUGCAGAGUAGGCAAGUGAGGCAGAUUGUAAGCCUGUUGAGGGGUAGCAUCUGAGCUGCUAAAAUAGCAUGACAGAAGGCGUCUUCCUUACCCAAACAGCAUGACAAACUGGAUUUCGGCUCUACCCAAAUUUGUCAUGCGCCACUUAGAAACUGGGUUGCAACUGGUAUCCAUUUUAUGCAUGACAAACCAUUAUUUCAACUUUGACGAUUGCGAUCCUGACGCUUCCAUAUGCUGCGAAAUCUGACCGCGUCGGAGAAGAAAUAGAAUUACGGCGGUGUGCGAAGGAACAGCAACAUCUGGGUGGAUGAUCGACUUGUAGUUGUUAUUUCGAUUCUCUAUACAAGUUGUUGCUUGGGUUACCGUUACGGUUGCCACCUGCAGCUCAACAUCUACCAGGAGAAAAGCUGGAGAAAAGUUAUAUUAAACCGUGUAAACAAAUCCCGCCCAGCACAUUGACAUGCUGAUGCGAAAUCCACUGGGACGAGUGGUCUGAAGAUGUCGUGUAUGAAAGCACUUUUUAUUACUUCUGAAUCGCGCAGACAAAUGAGAAUGACGAACUGACUGUUGUCAAACGACAGCCGCGUCAUAAUCUUGAUCUUCACACAUAAAGAGUGUCUGGUCUCUUACUCUAAGAAGGAACAUAAUCGAGACCACAGAACCUGCAGUUUCUUUCAGCUCUUCGGAUUAUCUACGCCUCAUAGCAACGCUAGCGCACUUUAGCAGCUUUAUCAAAUUUUUGGCACGUAUAGGAUGUUGCCCGGUUCAU